AUGGCCGCCGAUCUGGGGGACCCCAAAACUCCCGCGUCGCCCCCGGCCCCCCCAAAACGCUUCUUCCGCAAGAGCGUGGAGGUGCUGGAGGAGGAGGAGCGGGGCGAGCGCGGCGGCGACCCCGGCCCGCGGGGCGACCCCCGCCUCGGCGGGGGCGAGGAGGGCGAGGAGGAGGCGGAGAUGAAGGCCGUGGCCACCUCGCCCGGCGGCCGCUUCCUCAAGUUCGACAUCGAGCUGGGGCGCGGCGCCUUCAAGACGGUCUUCAAGGGCUUCGACACCGACACCUGGGUGGAGGUGGCCUGGUGUGAGCUGCAGGACCGCAAGCUGACCAAGGCGGAGCAGCAGCGCUUCAAGGAGGAGGCCGAGAUGCUCAAGGGGCUGCAGCACCCCAACAUCGUCCGCUUCUACGACUCCUGGGAGUCCUCUCUCCGCGGCAAGAAGUGCAUCGUCCUCGUCACCGAGCUCAUGACCUCGGGCACCCUCAAGACGUACCUCAAGAGGUUCAAGGUGAUGAAGCCGAAGGUGCUGCGGAGCUGGUGCCGGCAGAUCCUGAAGGGGCUGCAGUUCCUGCACACGAGGACGCCGCCCAUCAUCCACCGCGACCUCAAGUGCGACAACAUCUUCAUCACCGGCCCCACGGGCUCCGUCAAGAUCGGCGACCUGGGGCUGGCCACGCUCAUGCGCACGUCCUUCGCCAAGAGCGUCAUCGGGACCCCCGAGUUCAUGGCCCCCGAGAUGUACGAGGAGCGCUACGACGAGUCCGUGGACGUCUACGCCUUCGGGAUGUGCAUGCUGGAGAUGGGCACGUCCGAGUACCCCUACUCCGAGUGCCAGAACGCCGCUCAGAUCUACCGCAAAGUCACCAGCGGCAUCAAGCCGGCGAGUUUCCACAAGGUGACGGACCCCGAGGUGAAGGAGAUCAUCGAGGGCUGCAUCCGGCAGAACAAGGCUGAGAGGCUGUCCAUCCGGGACCUGCUGGACCACGCGUUCUUCGCCGAGGACACGGGGCUGCGCGUGGAGCUGGCCGAGGACGACGCGGGGCUGGACCCGGCGCUGGCGCUGCGCCUCUGGGUGGAGGACCCCAAAAAGCUCAAGGGCAAGCACAAGGACAACGAGGCCAUCGAGUUCAGCUUCAACCUGGAGGCUGAUGUCCCCGAGGAGGUGGCCUAUGAGAUGGUGAAAUCCGGGUUCUUCCACGAGAGCGACUCCAAGGCCGUGGCCAAAUCCAUCCGGGACCGGCUGGCGCUGGUGAGGAAGACGCGGGAGAAGAAGCAGGCGGAGGGCAGGGGGGGCCCCGAGAGCCGGGGGGGCCCCGAGAGCGAGGACACCGAGGUCGAUCAGCACGUGAGGCAGCAGCUGCUGCGGGAGCAGCCCCCUCCUGGUCCUGGUGAGACCCCAAAACUGCCCCUGGACACCCAGAACUGCCCCCUAAAACUGCCCUUAGUGCUCUCAAAACUGCCCCUGGACACCCAGAACUUCCCCCUAAAACUGCCCCCAGUGCUCUCGAAACUGCCCCUGGACAUCCAGAACUGCCCCCUAAAACUGCCCUUAGUGCUCUCAAAACUGCCCCUGGACAUCCAGAACUGCCCCCUAAAACUCCGAGGGGUCCCGGACAACGUCCCCCCCCCAGAUGUCCCCGGUCCCUGCGGUGUCACCGGAGCCCCUGAGCAGCUCUGGGGGUACCCACAGGGAGCCCAGGAUGGGGUGUCCCCCCCUGUGCCACCAGCGGUGACCCAGGGGACCGAGGGCACAGCAGAGGAUGGCACCGGAGGAGGCACCACGGAGCCACCUGGGCCCGAGGGGGACCCCUGUGGCUGUGGCGGGGGGUCGGUGACAAUGGGGACACAGCCACAGGUGGCACCCGGGGCACCGGGGCCGGGGGUGGCACCGAGAGUGGCAGCGGGGGUGGCACUGCCAGCUGCGGGGGUGACAGCGGCUCCUGGAGUGUCACCAGCGCAAGGGGUGCCACCUCCUGCUGGAGUGCCACCGGCCUCGGGGGGGACGCCAGCUCUGGGGGUGCCACCUCCGGCUGGAAUGCCACCAGCUCCAGGGAUGGCAUCAGCUCCAGGGGUGCCACCAUCAUCUCUGGGGGUGACACCAGCCCAAGGGAUGCCACCAGCUCUGGGGGUGCCACCUCCGGCUGGAAUGCCACCAGCUCCAGGGGUGACACCAGCCCAAGGGAUGGCAUCAGUGCCAGGGGUGACACCAGCCCAAGGGAUGGCAUCUGUGCCAGGGGUGACACCAGCCCAAGGGAUGGCAUCUGUGCCAGGGGUGACACCAGCCCAGGGCAUGGCAUCAGUGCCAGGGGUGGCACCAGCCCAGGGCAUGGCAUCCGUGCCAGGGGUGACACCAGCCCAAGGGAUGGCAUCAGUGCCAGGGGUGACACCAGCCCAAGGGAUGGCACCUGGUCCAGGAGUGCCACCCCCAGCUGGGGUGCCACCACAGUUGGUCCCCAUGGUGCAGCUGCAGCCAGGCCCUGGAAUGCCAUCAACAGCCCCUGGGAUGCCACCAGGUCCAGCAAUGCCACUGCCAUCUGGGAUGCCACCAGCCCAGGGGAUGCCACCACAGCCAGUCCCCACCAUGCAGCCGCAGCUGGUGCCAGGGAUGCCACCAGUGGUGGGGAUGUCACCAGCUCUGGGGCUGCCACCACUGUCUGUCAUGGCACCAGUCAUGGGGAUGUCACCGGCCCCGGAGAUGCCACCUCCAUCCAUGAUGCCACCAGCCCAAGGGAUGCCACCUCCGUCUGUGAUGCCACCAGUCAUGGGGGUGUCACCAGCCCCCAGGGAUGCCUCCUGCCCAAGGGAUGCCACCACCAUCCAUGAUGCCACCAGCCUCAGAGAUGCCACCACCAUCCAUGGUGCCACCAGCCAUGGUGAUGCCACCAGCACAAGGGAUGCCACCAGCACAAGGCAUGCCAGCUCCACCCAUGAUGCCACCAGCCCCAGAGAUGCCACCUCCAUCCAUGGUGCCACCAGCCCAAGGGUUGCCACCAGCCCAAGGGAUGCCACCUCCAUCUGUGAUGCCACCAGCCAUGGGGAUGCACCCAGCCCCAGAGAUGCCACCACCAUCCCCAAUGCCACCAACUAUGGGGAUGCCACCACCCCAAGGGAUGCCACCUCCAUCUGUGAUGCCACCAGCCAUGGGGAUGUCCCAAGCUCCAGAGAUGCCACCACCAUCCAUGAUGCCACCAGCCAUGGGGAUGUCCCAAGCUCCAGAGAUGCCACCACCAUCCAUGAUGCCACCAGCCGUGGGGAUGUCCCAAGCUCCAGAGAUGCACCACCAUCCAUGAUGCCACCAGCCAUGGGGAUGUCCCAAGCUCCAGAGAUGCCACCACCAUCCCCAAUGCCACAACCCCCGAUGCUCCCUGGCCCCGAGGAGCCCUCGGUGCCCGCCGAGGCCGCGUCCCUGCUGCGUGUGCCCGAUGUCCCCGACGUCCCCGGGCCGCGUGCCCGGCAGCGCCGCGCGUCGUGCCAGCGCCCUGCCCGCUUCCAGCUCACCGUGCUGCAGGUGUCCUCAGCUGGGGACAACACGGUGGAGUGCCAGCUGGAGACCCACGACAGCAAGAUGGUCACCUUCAGGUUUGACGUGGAUGGGGACGCGCCCGAGGACAUCGCCUGCUACAUGGUCGAGGACAACUUUGUCCUGGAGGGGGAGCGGGACAAGUUCGUGGAGGAGCUCAAGGCCAUUGUGGAGCAGGCACGGGGGCUCCUCGGGACCCCCGCCCCGGACCCCCAGGUGGGACCCCUGGAGCCGCCAGCAGGUGGGGAAGGACCCCCCCAAUCGUCACCCGUGGGGCGCUGGAGGUUCUGCAUCAACCAAACCAUCCGGAACCGCGAGGCCACCGGCCCUGGGGGACCCCCACCUGCCCGGAGAGCCCUGGGGACAUCCCAGGGGGGUCCCCAAGAACAGGGGACAAACAAGAGCGGAGCAUCGGAGCAGGAUGGGCCGGGGCGACCAGAGAUGGCGGUCCCCAAAGCCCAGGACCUCGAUGUCCCUCAGGGACAGGAGUCAGCUGUCCCCAAACUGGAGGAGCUGGGUGUCCCCCAGGCUUUGGGGACAGCUGUCACCGGUCCCCAGGAGGUGGCUGAACCCACAGGACCAGAGGGGAUCAACCCCGAACCCCAAGAUCUGGGGGCUCCCCAAGGCUCGGGGCUGAGUGUCCCCAGCCCUGGACACCUGGACGUGGCUGUCCCCAAACCUCCGGAGCUCAAUGGCCACCAAGAGCCCCUCGUCCCUGGGGACACAGAGCCAGGUGUCCCCCAGGAACAGGGGACAGUCACUGCCCCAUUGGAGCAGGAGGGACCCAGGGAACCGCCCGAGCCCACAGAGCCGGACGUGUCCCAAGAGCCAGGUGACCCCCAAGGACUGGGGACAAUCGUCACUGGAGCCCCAGAGCCACCAGGUGACCCCCAAGGACUGGGGACAUUUGUCACCGGUGCCUGGGGGCAGGAGGGACCCCCAGGACCAGAGGCCGUGCCCCCCGCCCGCCCCCCGCCCGGGGCUGCCUCGUUCCCGCUGGGGCUGUGCCCGCGCCUGCGCAGCCCCCGCAAGGGCUGGGGGCGCCGCAUCAAGAGCUGGGCCCGGCGCCUGCGCCCCCCCUCCGGCGGGGGGGACCCCCACACAGAGGAACCAGAGGAACUCGGGGACCCCUCAAGGCGAGGGCACUGCCAGCCACACCCGGAGCCCCCCGACCCUGAGGGCGACUGGGGGGGCCCCAGCUCGGGCAGCGAGAGCGGGGGGCUGGGGGGAUCCCCGCACCCCCCCGGGGCCCCCCUGCUCCCGGGGUCCCCCGAGACCCCCCUGAGCAGCGAUGGGGACUCGGAGCCCGAGGACGAGGCGCUGCGGGAGCAGCUGCGGCGGCUGCGGGAAAAGCACAUCCAGGAGGUUCUGGAGCUGCGGGCACGGCAGGAGCGGGAGCUGCGGGAGCUGCACCGGCGGCUCCGAGCCCUCAAAGAGGCCCGGGGGGACCCCCCAAAAUGGGGAGGGGGCGGCGGGACCCCCCCCCAGCGAGGCCAUGGGGGGUCCCCACGGCGGCCUCGGGGGGCCCGGGCACGAGGGCGGGGCCGGGGCGUGGCCCUGACAGAGGGGAUUUGGAGGGGCAAAGAGGGGAUUUUGGGGGAUGAUGAGGGAAUUUCGGGGUACAAAUGA